CCUUUGAAGUUGAUGCUAGUGGUAUUGUUCAUUGGAUACCACGUAAUCGUCCUCGGCCUUUAUCAUAUCGUAGUCAAAUACAGUAUAGAAUUGCUGUAUUUGGUGGUGUGUGGUACAACAGCCGGUCAAAUCUUGUGUUUAUUCGUGAACGAACCAAAUGCAUCAACUUUUGUACGAUAUUUACAACAAGCAUUUUAUAAUCAUUUCCGAUCCAUAACAAAUUAUUACUUUAUACAUGAUCGUCCUACCUGGACACAUAUAUCAACAGCACAUAGCUGGUUGCAUAGGCAUCCAAUUAUUUGUUUAGAAGAAUAUUCUGCUGCAAGUCCUGAUUUAAAUGCUACUGAAUCCGUCUGGUCAUGGAUGAAUCAUUUUGUUCAACAGGGCUGUCCAAAUUCUCAAAGACGACUUGAACAAUUAGUAACUGAUGCUUGGCAUCGGAUUCCACAAACUGUAAUACGUGGUUAUAUUCAUCAUAUCCAAGAUAUGUGUGAUCAAGUUGUAUCAAAUCAGGGUUGGGCACGUGUAGGAUGA